AGGAAAACCAAAAUGGCGGCAAAACAACAGCUUCUAAGAUCUCGCAUUUCUCGCUAAACUACUCGCUGGCUUUGAAUAUUUGAAAAUGCGUCUUAAAAAACCCAAAAGACCAACAACUCCUCCGUCAGAUGAUGAAGGAGAUGGCAAUUUUGUGGCAGACCCAGACCAAAUUUUCGACGAUCUACCUCAGCCUUUUCGACUUGUUGACAAGACUGUGAGGAAGAUUUUUGACCAUGCCUGGGAAAUUAUUGAGAGUAUCGAAGACCGGAAGGCUUUAAGACGCUCCAAAGCUGUUUUACCGUUGUUUGACCUUGCAAAACAGUUGUCAGACUUCAGCAGGACCUCAUGUAUUUGCACUGUAGCAGAUAGGAGUUAUUUGUUCUUAAGCUGUGGAAGUGGACUUACAGUUGUGGACGGCUUGUUAGGAACGACUGUAGCUUGUCUUGAAGAGCCAGGAAGUGAUAUCUCACAGAUAUCAGCUUGUUGUUUUCAGGAAGGAUAUUAUCUCAUUUCUACUCUGGACAGCGUUGGUAUGUAUCACAAGGCUGUGCUCUAAUAAGAAAAAUUAAAGGGAUCCCAUGCAAUGCUCUGAACCUGUAAAAUCUAGGGUGCCAAGCAGGUGAUUUGUACGAAAUUAGUUAAUGGUUAUUGGAUGAGGUUGAGCAAAAUAUUGUGGUUUGUCAGUGGUGAGCAGAUCAAUCAUUCGGCUUCGGGAAAUAAUUGAUCUGCGAGACACUGACAAAUCAUGAUAUUUUGCAAUAACUAAGUUCAAUAAUGUUGUUUUAUCCUUCAGUCACCGAGUUUGUUUUUUGAUAAAUAUUUUCGCGAAGCUGCCAUUUCCAUGCAAGAGUGAUCACAAGAAGAAGAAAAGUGCGGUUUCAUUUACACAGUUGGACGACAUUGCGCAUGAGCAGACCAUUAUUUGUAGGCACUUAAUUGCAGGUCACGUGGUGGGAUCUCAGCCAAUGAGAAGGAAGAAAAAUUUGCGUCAAAUGAUAAUAAGAUUUUCUAGUCACCCAAGAGCAAAAGUUAGGCACAAGGGGCCACUGGGCUCUGCUAGUGCCAGUCCUGGUAUCAUGUAUAGUAAUACUUCAUACUGCCUGACUUGGGAUAGCCUAAGAAAGCAGCUGACAUUUUGUGAUGCCAUUGCUGGUUUCCUCUGAAAGGACAUCUAAGCAACAAAUUCAAAAAUUCCUCACCGAUGAUGUGUCACUUCCUAGAUUUGGGUAGUGCUUUUGAUUGGUUGAUGCAAACUUCCCUUGUGGUAUGGCCAAUAAGAAGCACUACCCAGAUCUGGGUAUUGAGAUUAUCAUCAGUAUGGAAAUUCUGCACUAAUUCUCUAGAUAUCAUAUUGCAGAGAAAACCAGUGGUGACAUCUCUAAAAUAAUGCUGGCUGUUUUCCCAGGGUAGACAUUGGAUUUUCAAUAAUCUCUCUAGAAGGGGGCAAGGGGUUAAAAAAUCUGGAUGAAAUCAGAUCUAGUAUUAUUCACAAUAUACAGGACUUCCAAACACUCAUCUCAUCUGCAAGUGUGACACAAAUCAAACGGUGUUGUGCAAAGAAGAAUGAAGGCACUGGACUAGUUCCCAUCCAUUCCAGGUUUUGUCAACUAGAAGAUUGACCACUCACCUUUGUUUCCUUCAGAGUAUGAAAAGUAUGAAAGGGCCCCAUACCUGAAGUUUUAAAUAUGCCGCUCUUGGUCAGAGUUCUUAUGUUCCAAAAUAAUGGAUAAAUAUGAGUACAAUGUAACCCCUACCUCCUAAAAAGUCUGUAGAAACUAACAGAGCAGUCUUUGCUUUCUGGCAUCAUUUAUUUUGUAGUAGCCUGUCUCAGGCUCCAAGAAAGUAAAGUGUGGAGAUCACUGAUGCGCUGCCACUGUCCCCUUUUCCUGAUCAUGUGCAUUCUAUUUUUCCUUGACCUUGUUUUUGCAAUGUCCGCACUAUUUGAGAGCCUGGAACAGGCUACAUUUGUAGAUAGAGUUGACCACAAUAAUAAUUAUAUUUGCACCAACUGGUUACAUUUUUUGAGUAUGCCUUGGUUUCAUUUUCUCCUUUAUGGUUAAAACUAAUUUUAUUUUCCUUUGCUUUCGGCUUUGACAUCAUAUUACUGUUUAACAAAAGAGAAACGAAGAGAAAUAAAAUUUAAACCAAGGUUAAAAUGCACAAUCCUGCUGUUUGCAUAUUUUUUUCUUACGUUUAGGAUGUGCUAAGUUAUUUUGCUUUUCUGGUGAUAAAGUUGUGCUUGUAAGAGUCUUCAAUGAACAGGUGAGAUUUGUGCAUGCGUAUUUUAUAUUGCUUAAGUCUUCUAAAAAUUACAGGCAAAAACAAAGCUUGUAGUAUGAAGGCAAUGUUAUGUUUAAAAGUUUUGAUUACACUUUCGGCUUUUAUUAAUUUUAGUCUUUAAUCCUUUAAGCCCUAAGAUCCACAUGUAAAUUCUCCAGACUGAUCUUCAUACUGUCUUUCAAGAAUAGUUGAGAGAAUUUGGUUUAAGAUCAAAGUAUUCUCCCUUUGGUAAUCAAUUUAGUAAUUCUCAUAACCUUUACUCUUGAUGAUCUGCUGAUGUUGUUAGGAGAAAAUUGAUGUUGGUCACCCUUGGGACCUAAAUGGUUAAAACCCUCAAAGGGGAUGCGUUCAUCUUGAGUAAAAUGGCUUUACCCAAAUAUUCAGAACAACGGUUUAGGCAGCUUGCAAAGAAAGUCAUGUCUGAUAGCCUGGGGCUAGUGGAUUUUGCUAUUGGGCUAGUGGUUUUUGUUCUUAUCUUGCUCAACAGGCAAGUGCUGUUUUAUGGGGAAAUGCAAAUUACAGAAGGAUUGUAAUCAAUCCUGCUCAUCAAAAAGGGUUUUGGGUCUAGUUGAAAUGACUUGUGGGCUAGUACAUGCUAGCUACGGCUUGCCCAAAUGGCAGGCUGUAAAACUGACUUUCUUUUCACCCUGUUAGGGUUGUCUUAUCCUGUGUGCUAAAAAGGUUUGUGGUAGCAAAAAGUGAUAAAUUAACAUCAUCAUCACUUCGAAAUAUAGCUCCCUACAGAUUAUACUGUGUUGAUGCAGACAUAUUUCUACCCAUACGUUUUUUUCUAAUGAAGCUGUCAUAUAUAAGCCUUUAUUCAUUCAUUUACAAUUAGGCCACUCAGAUUAUUUUAAAUUUGGGUAAGUGUUAAAUAAGUAUAAUUCUAGGGCUGAAUUUUGCAAGUCUAGUUACAUUUAGCUCUAUUCAUAGGUAAAUAUUUAUGCAGGGCAUAAAAAUAUGUGCUGUCAGGUUACUUACCCUGAAUUGCCUUUUAUGCUGAUUAUUCUUCAGUUGAUUAUUCAAGGGAUUAGCAGUAGCUUAAGUAAAUUUCCACGUAAAUUAAGUCAUUAACAGCUAUCUUCAACUGUAGGAGGGUUCAAGCAAACAGUCUCAAGCAACUUUUGUCCAGAUAAGUGAAGAUGGUGGAUAUAUUGGGGUUGGAUGGGAAGGUACUGCUACUCUCUUUGCUUUGUAAAUUGAAAAGUUAAAGGUAAAGGUUCACUAUUAGCCUUAUUGCCCAUAUUGCUGGAGCUUAUACAGCUGUAUCCUGGUUUCUGUAGUAUAAAGUACCAAGGGGAGUUACUACUGCCCACUGGAUGGGAUACCAGAACCCUGCAGGGUACCCCUCAGUAGUUUGUUGCCUGUAUUUCAUUUAUGCACCUGGGUGAAGAGAGACAUAGUGAAGACAAUUAGUUGAGACACUUUGCCCUUAAGGGCUUUUCUGAUGUUCUACUGACUUCAAAAGGGGAAAAUAUAGCUGUCCCUCCCCCAUCCUCCCCAUGCAAUGUUGUGCUGCUGUUUGAGCUACCUGCAGGUAGAAAACAACAAACACCCCAACUUUGAAUGGAGGGAAGGGGGAGGGGUGUGGACUCUUUUGUUAAGUUAUCCUAUUUGAGCACAAUGUCUCAACAAUUUUGUCACUGAUUGUUGUCUAAGGAGACAAUGUGAUUGGAAGGCUUGAGCCGGGACCCUCAGAUCCUCAGUCAAACAUAGCAACCUUUGGUAACUGUGUCUUUAUUGGAAAUCUUGGCAUAUGUGCCAGUCAAUUUCAACUUAGAUCUCACUCAUUUUUUUGCAGUCCCCUUAAAAGAAAGUUGGUUGGAAAUAUACAAAGUUCCUAAAGAUACCUGGAUUAAAGAAAUGGAAGCAGCGUUAACAUCCUUUUCUUCUUCCAGGAAACCAACAAUGGAAUCUGCAGCUCUAGUGAGUUAAAUUGAGUUACUAUUGAUUUUAUCAUGAUAGAUUUCUUUGUCUGUUGAUAAAAGGGGAGUAAAAGACCUCAGGAAUUGCUACUUUAAAUUACCAUAAGUUAGAAUGCCAAACAUAUUACAUAUAUUUUUCAUUUGUUCAUUCAAUUUUUUUUACUACAAUAACUAAUUUACAGGAAGCUCAUCUGGAGGACUCAGUUAACACAGAUCAGCUGCAGAAACCCUUAGAAACCCAAGCCACAGCUGAUGCAACUGUAAGUUCGUGAUCAACACAGAAAAAAAACUUUAAAUCAAACAGAAAGUGCCUUAAAAGGGGUAUAGAACUAUAAGUUUCUUACUAGACUAUAGUACAGGCAUAGAAUUAAAACUUGCAAAAGUUGUUCAAUCCAUGACCAAUCCAUCCCAUCUGUAGUGACAGACAACCGGAAACUAUUUCAAUCCCUAAGUAUGGUCUUAUCUAACACAACUGGACCAAUUCAAUUGCAAUUCAACAGAUGCAAAGAUUAGUAUUAGCCCUUUUUUUUAAAAAAAAGAUACCAACUAGCAUGACAUGUCAUGUAGCCCCUUGAAGUCCUGACCUUUGGAUUUGCAUUGUUCUUUGUUUUAAAAGUCUCCACCAGGAUCAAGGCCAAGCUCUGCACAAGGGGGGCAAACACAACCUGACCAAUCAGCAGUAUCUUUUACAAAGCCUACGACAGUCCUGCGGGUGCGGCCUCCAGCUCCAGUUGGGCCUUGUGCAGCGACCAACUGCUCGGCUGCACUGAAAGCUGUUGAUGCUGAGUGCAGUGUGAUUGGUAGUGGUGCUACUCACGUGCUGAUGUCACAAUUCUUUGAGAGCUAUGAUAAAGCAUUCCAAGUGCUUCAUGCAGAACAACUGCAAUAUCUCAACAGGGGUGAAGAGGAUUCAACAAGGUGACUUUUAUAACAUAGCUAGAAAAUUCCCCUAAUCAAAUUUAAUAGCGCGAGCGUGCCUCAUAUUCCUAUUGAGCACGCUGAUGACGUCAAUAAACUAUUCGUAAUUCCUCAAGUUGUUGUGAGCUUAGCAAUCCUGAGUCUCCUGAGUGCAUCCAUAACUCGGCAGUACACGAUAAAGCGUUUACCAUGUGUUUUAUGAGGAAAUUUAAGUGAAAACGUUUGAAUUUGUUAACCGAUAGUAAGAAAAAGUUGCGGCUGCGCCUCGUGCAACUCUUACGCCUCUUUCGUGCUCUCCAAACUUCCCGCGUGCUCAAUAUCUCGACAUACGCACAGCUGCAGCAUGAACUAAUUGUUAAUUAGUCCUUUAUAAUAGAAAGCUUAAACAAUGGCAACGACUACAGUGGCGAAAACUCCUUUUAAAAGGACUGUAUCUAAAUUUUUUUAAAGCAGUAGAAAAUCGUUGUCUUGUGUUCACGUCCUCAACAAAGCGUGAAAUUAGGCAGGUUCACCUCGUGGUUGUGCAAUGACGGCAAACAAAUGUACGAAAAAGUGUGCUACACGUGCAAAGUUGUUGUUUUGCUAAUCUAAAACUUCUGCCUUUUUGCCGUUCUUGUUCCUGCCAACGUCGUUGCCUGACCUCCCCAAUUAUCUUUUUCCUGCUCGACACUUUCCACUGUUUUGUACAUCUUGUAUGAAGAUGGAAUAAACUACAGUCGAACCUCCAUGUGCGACCACCUGUCGUGAGCGACCACCUCCCUUAAGCGACCACCUAUCCAAAACACCAUUUUCCUACUCAAAGCCUUAUCAUAAUUCUGUCAUAAGCGAGUGCAACCACAUUUAGUCCCGACAAUUUUAUAGUUUUCAAUUGUUUUUGACCUCUUGUAAUUGUCCACUUGAGGCAUGGUGUGGUCGCUUUGUUUGCUGUUUGUACAUUGUACCACACCACUCAGAGCAUGCAAAGAACUUCAGUGACUACAUGGAACCACAAGUAUACAUAAUUUACAAAAUGCAUCAAUGAUUCUCUGACAAAUGUGCCGGGGUCUUUUCUGGAGAUUGAUUAUGGUAAGCGACCACUAAAUCUUCGUAUUAUGGGUGGUCGCUUGCGGGUGGUUCUACUGUACCAGAUGCCCCAAGCUCUUUGUUUGUCAUUUCAGAUGUAGAAAACCAGAUAAAUCAUCUUAACUAAUAAUCUGAAUAUCUAUCAGUGAUAGAUAGAUAGAAAGUCUUGGGUUUCUAUUGAGUUGUCCAUCCACGCACAUCUGCGUAGCAGGCGCUUGGAGGUAAUGGGCGCAAGAAAGAACGGGGCGCGAGAGGGAGACAUGCGAGGAGAGAGGGAGCUCCCUCUUUCCUCGAGUGUCUCCCUUGCGCGUCCCGUUCACAGGCUACAACCACGCCUCCUCUUUUUCAAUCCAUUCAACUUCUUCAAUGUUUUCCCUUUUAUUUGUGAUUAAGUCUUUUUUUUUCAAAUUCUGAAGUACAACGUUCCUUUCCUGCCACAGUUUUCCAAGAAUACACUUCUUAACACCUGGACGGUUAUUUCCAUCUGGAGGAGAAUCUGCAGCAAGUAAGUUUAACUACUAUUUCAUUUAUCAUUAGGAAAAAUCAGUCAAAAAAAUUGUGACGCCAUGUUUACCAAUGUCCUUGUUUAACUCCAAAAUAUUUGAAACAAUUCCUGAUUAUAAGAUUCUGAUCAGAAGAGAUCUUAUGUUGAGACAUAAACAUACUGUGUUAUACACUUAAUUUAUUUAUACAGGGGCACCCAACGGCAAUUUUCGGGACAAUAUCUGUUCGGAAGACGAUUUGAGAUCUAGAAUUUUCGGAGCAUUUGUUGUAAAAUUUCUUGCUUGCCUGCCUCUCCUAGGAUUUUCGAACAUCUACAAAAUGGUAUAAUUACCCAUUUUUAACGGAUUUUGACCCCAAAAAAGGCCACCUAGAAUUUUCGGGAGCCUUUUCCUGGCUGAAAUUUUCGAGAAGGUAAGUUUUUAUCCCUAUAAUUUUCGGAUCACUAGACUUUCAGCUAGGAAAUCCUAACAGAUGAAAAGUUUUUAGGGGAUAAAAAUAUGCCUAUAUCUACUGUUUGAAUACUAAAAUACGUUCAACAAUGCUAUGUUAAGUGUUUUUGAACUAUAUCCUCGUUGGGUGCCCCUGUUUAUAUACUCAAUAUACUUUUUGUUUUGUUUUUUCUUUCCUGUUUGUUUCUUGUAGCAUUUUCUUUCUCCUUCUUCGCCUUCCCCCGCCUCGAUUAGAUUUUUCUAUUUGCCGGGGAACAUUUCCUAGUAACCAUGAGCGAGGUUUGUGAUACAUCAAUCACUGACAUCCACAGUGGUACAAAUAGUUCGACUCAGUAAAUCGACACUAUCGCCUGAUGAAGACCGGCAGGGUGCGGUCGAAACGUCGCGAUCAAUCGUGGGACAAAAGAUAAACUAAACCCUUUAUACACAUUAUCCACGAUGAUUAUUAUCUUUCAUGACAAAGUUGUUGUUUUUGUUGUUGUUGUUGCACUGUUCUACAUGUCAUUUGUUCCAGCAGCCUGCUACGUUGUACAUUUGUACGGUGGAAGUAAUCUGUUAUUUAUAAGAUUAUCUCAUAGCGAAUUGUGUCGAAAAAAUAUAUUCAAAGUUAGGUUGUUGUUAAGUCAGGUUUGUUAGACAUUUAUACGUGCUGUAUUAAGAAUUAAAUUUCAAGAAUUAUUGUUCCCGGUAGCAAAGUUGAGUGGCUUGGUUGCUACAGUGUAGCUUGAAGAAAAUGGUUUUCUUUGUAGAUAAAGUGAACGCAUUAUCAGUAUGGUGGUCUGGAGGAACUCAGCUAUUUAUUUACUCACUUGUGAAGACAGCUAAAGGUGCAAAUUUAAUUUAAUAAAUUACACUGCAGAGCCUUCUCCUUCUUAUGAAAAAAAAAGAAGAAAAAGCAGUAAAAAUGCUCAAAUACACGUAGUUUGUAAAUCAUACGCGUUUAUCUCUUAAUUUGCGAGCAUUUUUCGAUUUCUCCUGAAACGGACGCAGAACGCAGUUUUCCAUUUCCGAAAUUCAAACUGGAGAAGUGUUUACAUUAGUUUAAACAGUACCCAGGUUCGGGGAUAUCAAACUGGGAGCGCUGGACCGAGAAAAAACUACUUAGCCAUCUUCGGUUUAGUUUUGCCCUAUGAGUUAUUUAUUGAGACGAGAUGACAGAAAGAUGACACGUCGAAACUUGUGCUACCCAAACAGGGUCCCCUAUCUUGAAGCUGAAAACUAGCCCAAACCGAAUCGAAUCCAGGCAAAGUUUUUGGGAGAGAAGAGCUCUAUUCAAACAUAGCGCUGCUCUUACUCUCCUUAUUAUAAUCUUACUUACAUAUGUCAUAAGUACGGGAAUGAUUUGCUGUCUAAGCACAACAAAAUACAAAUACGACCUUAACCAACGAGCAUAUUGACGUCCCGGACGUCAAAAAUGGCCCCGGGAAGUUGAUCUUUUCUCCCUUCUAGUGCUCGGAUUCGGCAACUUCGUUCCAAAGUAAGGAGUUAAACCAAAGGUAUUCAGACUCGUUUUGUCAGGUACAGGCGUUCCAGCAGGCGAAACAUCAAACUUCCGUUUGCAAGUCCGGGACGUCAAGGGACUCGUUGCUUAAGUUCCCCAAAAUAAAACAGUUGACGGACUUGUCACAGUCUAAGAACAUUGACAUUUAACAGAGAUUAGCUAGAAAUCCUUGAUUCCUCUAUUUCUUCAGAUCUUGAGCACAAGCCAGACAUUUUGUGGCCUAAUUCAGAACAGAUUCACGUCAGUGUCGUAAGUGAAUGCGGUUCUUAUAUGGCCUUGGGGCUCAAGAAUGGAAUUGUCGUUGUGUGGAAUGUUUACAGAGGUGAGAACUUUGCUCUUAAGUUUACUUCGUUAGAGAGGUUUACGGUCAUCUCUCCUCCAAACCAUCUCGCCACCAAGAAGUCUACUCGCCACUACAUGGUGGAGACUUCGUUGGUGGCGAGAUGAUUUAGUGAGAACUAAAACGGGCCAGUUAAGGUCGAUACACAUGAGGGGUUUGCUCCCGGAGCGUGCUCCAGGCUCAUUUUGCACGUGUCAGUGCACACGAGGGAGCGUUUUCAAGUUCGCUCAAUUUGCCUCGGGAACUUGCUCCUAAAUAUUUAACCGGUUAAAUAUCGUGGAGCAUUUUGCAGGGUGUAAAUUCUGCUCCCGAAGAUGAAGUAUACCCAUGAAGUCGUUGGUACACACGGAGAAGCUUUGCUCCCGGAGCGUGCCCCUGGAGCAUGCUCCUGGAGCAAAAUCCUUCGUGUGUAUCGGCCUUUACACAAAAUGCCACUUUGUGCAUCGUGCUAUUCGUAUUAAAUAGUAAAACUGAGGACAUUUGCCCACAAACCUACUCUUAGUCAGUAUUAAAGGAAAAGGCUGUUCCUCCAGCUUUUUCUCUCUUUUGUUUUCAUUCGAUAAUUACUUGUACUGGUCGUUUGACGUGUGUCAAUGCGGAGCGCGAGCGUUUGCGGAGUAGGGGUGGGUGGGGUGGACCUCGUUUGAAAAGCUGUGUGACCCCAACAGAACUGCACUGCAAAUUCCAAAGAUCUGUUAUACCUCCAGAGUACUCAAGUACGGAUUCAGACUCUCGUGGAGCAAUUUCAGUUCAUUCUGGUCUAAAACAGACUUAUUUUGCUUUUUGAGCUCGCUUUGGAGUCAUUUCAAUCCUUCACAUGUGUCCAUAUCAUCCCUUGAAAUGGAAUCUCUUUUGCGCAUUAAUUUAGACGGCAAAAUUAUGACAGCAUUAUAUUACCUAACCGAGCCGAAAUUUAGAGCAAAAGCAGAUCUUAUGAACUCACAGUGACCCUUGUGUAGCCUUUCUCCGCCCGCUUUUAUCCCAUCUUGCUCAGUAAUAGCCCGCUAACGCUAAACAGGCGAUUUUUAUGUCCUCUUAGACUGCAAAAUAGACGGUUUUGUUUUCUCAAAAUCGGUUUUUAGGCGCGAAGCGAGUGUGCGUCACACGCAGGGCUUGUGGGGCGAAAGAAUCUCUCCCCAGUCUUGCACUCCAUUUUCACCCUCGUAUCAGGACUUUUGUUUGACCACUCGCUUGUUCUUGACCUACACGCAAAAAUACAGGCUGCUUAGCAGUCUACUGUCGUCUUGACAUUUUCGUCUCUUGUUUCAGGAACUCUGUUGCGAGUAUGCCCUGUCACGGAUAAAGGCAGUAUUCUUGCUCUGUGUUUCCUACCGAGUGGCGUGGUCCCUGUUUUGUCAGAAGAUGAAGUUUCCUUGACUUUAUCAGCUUCAUCUCUUGCGAACUUGGUCGUGAGUUGUGACGAUGGAACGUUUUGCCUUUUGCAGUGCGGAGUUGCUCACUCGCCUUCUCCGAAACCUCUGGUCGAUAAGUAAGUGAAAACAAAACUAUACACAAAAUCAUUGGGGAAUUAAGGAAAGGGAAAGGUGCUUAACAGAUAUGGCGCGCUUUCCAGUCAGCCUUAAAUCCGGAAAUUUCGGUUAGAAAUCAAAAGGAACGGACCAUUUUGGCUCUGUCUGAUCGGAAUAUUUGGGACCACCUCUGAAGGCGGUCCAUUAUAACCGGUCCUACUGGUUUCAUUUGUGAGUAUAGAACAAGGGACUUCCCUGUUUUGUUGAUCCAUCCAUUCUCAACAAUCACAGGUAGAUGGCUUUAUAAUGAUAUGAUGAAUGAGUCGGCAGAUGAUUUUUGUUUUAAUUUGGCUUUUGUAUUUCACGCGAGUCAAACGCCAGCGUUCGAUGACCUAGGUCAGGUCUGUAAAACCGGAAUAUACCGUUCCAUUAGGCACGUGGAGUUUCCGAAAUUUCAAACCAUAAAUACCGAGAAAGAGGUAAGACAUACUUUUCGCGCGGAAAGGAGUUUAAAAGCCAAUCAGAGGCGCGUUGCUUUUUCACACAAGCGAGUGGAUUUUACGCCAAAAUUCCCCGCUUUUUUGAAUUUAUAAGCCGUUAGGUUAUUUUCAAAGAAAGGAAAAGAAAUUUCACCCGUGAAAAAAUGAUGAACAGUUCAUAAAAUGGUAUGGCACAGAACAAAUUAAAAAUUUAAAUGUUCAUUAAGGGAAUAAACAGCCUUUUCAGCUACAACAUAAAGGAAAAGUCGAAGAAAGGCGGGGGAGACGUAUUAAGUUCGCGGCCGUGCGUAAUUGAGACUUUUAAUCUGAAGUGAAGGCAAAAAGGCAGUAUUUAAAUGUUUUCAUUUAUUAUGAUAAUAAAUGUAAACUUCAUUCAGUUUGAUUAGCAGUCACUUGAUUCCCCAUUACAGGCAUCGCUUAGAUGUGCAAGAACGCACUUUUUAACGACUAUUUGUCGGAUUGAUUUUCUCGCUUGCCAGUCAACUCACCAGGCAUUUAUAAGUGAGAUACGAUAUAAAAUUAUGAAUAAGAAAACGACGGCAAGGGACUCUAAAAAGGGGUUCUUGAAAGCGUGCAAAAACAGUCGUGUCCAGUAGCCCGGGGCUAGUGGAUUGUGAUUUUUGUUCUUAACUUGCCCGACGGGUAAGUUCUGUUUUUGGGGAAAAUUCAAAUUACAGAAGGAUUGUAAUCAAUCCUGCUAAUCAAAAAGAGUUUUGUGGCUACUUGAAAGACUUGUGGGAUAGUAGGUGCUAGCUACAGCUUGCCCCAAUGGCAUGCUGUAAAACUGACUCUCUUUGCACCCUGCAUUAAUCUCAAUAAUGCAGUGCAGGUCGUCCAGGUUUCGUCUCAUGCAGGGUAAUCAAUGACAAUUCCACGCUGUUGAUUCGGGAUUGUACACUUUGGGUUCGGGAUUCCUUGUCAGUGAAACUUGGAUUCCGGAUGCCAAUCGUAAGUGGGAUUUUGGAUUACAAAGCCCAGGAUUCUGGAUUUCACGAGCAAAAAUUUCUCGGAUCCCGGAAUCCGGAUGACCUUACACGGCGCGACAGGUGGUAGGAUAAGGAUAGCGCUGGACUUUGGUUCUGCCCAGAAGAAAUGGUCGUAUUAAAAGGGCGGAUUAGGGUUUCACUGUAUCUAUUCUUUUCUUCAGGUCAGCUUUAGACGCAGAGAUAAUCAUAAGUGUUACAACAAUGCCUCAAACACCACAAGUGGUAUGUGAUGUAAAGUUUUCUGCCUUGUUAACGAUUUGUAAAUAAAUAAUUUAUCUGAAAGAGUAGUCAAGUGUAUAUUUACACUUGACUUAUCAACUUUUUUGUUCUUCCGGUUUUCUAAGUUGAUCCGCGCAAAUAAACACCCAGCGGAGAUGAUUAUCUCCACCGUUAAUCUGCCACUUUUUACCGUGACGGACGUGCUACUAAGCCCUCGUCCAAACGUAACGAGAUUUUUUCUCCCUUCUCAAAAAGUGCGCAUCCACAUGUAAUGUAUUCAAAUCGUUUUUUGCCCAUUCACCAUUUUUACGUAGACCACAAUGCACCUUGUUUACCCCCCCCCCCCCCCCCUCCCCAAAAAAACUUUGCAUAACAAUUGUCUUGGAUUUCUCUUGGGACUACUGUUAUACCCUGGAGAAAUUAAAAACAAUGGUUAUGCAGAAUUCUGUGGGGUAACAAUGUGAAUUAUGGUCUAUGUGAAAGUAGUGAAUCCACAUGAAAACGCUAAAAGGACAUUAGCGUCCCUAGCAGAGCAUGCUCUGUAUGAUGUAUCACAUCGUAGUAGUCAAAAACCUCUGUUUUAGUCCGUCCACACGAAAACGUCAAUCAGCCGUUUUCAAAAAUUUCCACUCCGGCCACCUUUUUCAAAACCUACGUUUUUGGUGCCCGAAACCUCCGUUUCAGGAGUCGACGGAAGGCUAAAACGGAGAAAAAAAUUCCGUUUUUAUCCUGAUACGUAUGGACGGGGGUUAAUAUUAGCGUUCAUUCUAUGUUAGAUUGUCGCUGUCAAGAAGAGCGGUGGCGUUACCUUAUAUGAUGUUGUCAGUGGUACGGCCAUUUGUCACGUGAAACUACCUGAUGCUUUCUGCCUCUCGCCCCAGCUUCCCUGCAUCUGUGCUGACGGUAAAAUCCUGGUUUUGAUUGGUGCCCAACUAGACGACGAAAAUGAAGAUUCUUUGGACAAAGAGGUGAGAUGAUUAUCAAACGAAUAUGUAGGUUUGGGAAAGCUUAAUGACAAAUUUCCCGUCAAAAAGGUGUGUGGACUCAUUAGGUGAGCGCCCAAGCGCUUUGUAAAGUUAAUGUUAAUGAUUUCAAAUUCUUGUUGUGAUGUAAGGAAAUGAAUAAGGAAUGCAUUGACUGUUAUUUAACAUUUAACCUUUGUUGCUUAUUCGCUGUCCGAUUAUAAAUUCUUAUGCUUUGACUUGAUAAACUAGAAAUAUAAAGUGGUCGCUGCAAAUUCAAACUAAAAUGCAAUAAAAUACAGCUCAAAGUCGAUAACUUCGACUGCUGAAUUUUUUUUAUUAGUGCCAACUUACACCCGCCUGCUUUGAAAGAGAAUUGUUUUCUAUACUAUGAUUGACGCCAGUAACGAUUUAAUGGGCAUAUGGUUCAUCGCUCAUUGUUUAAUGUCUUGCCGAUACCAUCUGGUAAUAAAUGCAUUUGAAGAAAAGAAAGGAAAUAAAUUUAUAUUUACUUUGCUCAAUAGUUUUCAGAAGUGAUCAGAAUGUAGACUGCGAGCAGUCUCUCUUUUUCCUCAGAUUUAGUAAGGGGAGUGCACGCGCGGCGAGCGUUGAGCGGCGAAGCCGCGAGACGCGAGACGCGAGACGCGAGAAAAGAGGGCGGCAGCCCGAGAAGAAAAAGUUAGAGUGCCUCUCCUGUCUCGCGCCUUCAGUCACGCGCGUGGUCAUUUGCGUGUCUCGGGCGCUUUGCUCGACGGAGCAAGAAAAAAGAGAGACUGCUCGUAGUCUUAUCAGAAUGCGCCUGCUGCUUUCUGUUCUCAUUCGCGUAAAAGCCGCUGCAUGACGAUUUAAUCAACUAGAUAACUCUGUGCUCCCUCGUAAGGCACUCUAUUGGCCCUAUUUGGUCCCCAGGGAAAUUCUCCAGGCUUGUUAUGCGCCCUUGCAAAAGUUAAAAAUUAAAAAAAAGAGCAAGUUGAUGCCAGGCAGCGAAAUUAACUUUGUAGUCAGGGCCCGAGCAGCUGAUUUUAAAGUGCGGGGGCCGGUGACCACCUCGUUUGAAUUGGGGCGAGGCGGGGAGAGGCAAAUUUGGCUGUUCUCUCUUUGUGGCUGUUUAGAACUGUCAGAUUGCUGAACCUUUCUUGAUUCAUAUUAUGGAGCGGAGUCAUGUUUAUAAAUUUGAGGCGGCUGAAAAGUACCUUUUUCCUGCUGAGCCUGAUUGCACACGCAGCAUCCACCAGUAGAAGUUUGCAGAUCAUGAUAUUACACUGUAGGUUCCUGUAACCCCUUCAUUUUGUCUAGUAUAUCAUCGAAAUGCACCAGAGACCACAUCAUUCGUCGAUAUAAUUCGUUUUAAGAAACCAUAGUUCCGUGGAGUAGUCUUCAGAUUUAAUCGAGAACCUUAAUAAAAAAGACUCCAUAAUUCUGCAUUGUUGCAAACAGUUUGCUACAGCCUCUGUUUGCUACAGAUUUCGCCUGCUACUAGUUCCACCCAACAUAACAAACAAGGAAGUAGUGCUGACGCUUCGUAAGAAAAUCAGCUUAGCAACUUCGCAUAGAAUUCAGGAGAGCAGGACGGCUGCCGUAGACAGCUGUUUCGUUCUCGUGGUAGAACGCGUCAAUACAGUUUAGCAAGAGGCGAUUGCGCAAGAGAUCGUAUCUACUAAAAUAUAUAACCAACAAGCCAAAAUGCUUUUUUAUAUUGCAGCUGAUAAGAAUUUUCGUAUGCGAUCUUUUCCCCACUUCAUUGUUUUUUCUAAUUUAAUAUUCUACCACUUCAGAGUAUCUGGAGAGAGUUUCCAAAGUAUACCGUAUUUACAUUUGUUGAAGAAAUUAGGCGUUUCUUUUUUGUUUUUAUUAGAAGGUUUUUUAAAAGUGACUUCUCUUUUUGUUUCCUUGCUGCUUUGUCUAAGUUUAAACUGCAUGACGUAACUUACAUUUAAGGUUUGGUUGAAAUGAAAAGGUUGAUUCGUGGGCGAUAAGUUUCUUUGAAUCGAAACUCUUAUCAUGACGUCACUCUUGAUUUACCGAAUGGCACGAAAUUUUUGCGGGAGUCUAUUUUUGCGGAUUAGCGAUUUUUUGUGUUUUGUGGGAACUAAUUUUUGCGAUUAGGACAGAUUGGUUUUUCUCGCUGGGAAUUAAUUUUUGCGAUUUUCAGAAAGUACCCAGUAACCAGCAUUGAUAAUAUUUUCGUUUUUAUUGAGUACGUGCAAUAGAAGUACAUAUUUUCAAACAGUAAAGCAGUAUUUCGUUGUAUACCGUUUUGUUUCUGAAUGAAAGAGACAAGUUGUGAUUGAACAGACAUGAUUCUUAGUACUGUAUUUUUGUGUAGCGAAUUCAAGUUAGAGAAUAUUUACUCUGGAGUAAUUUUUUGCGGGAAAAAUGUUUGAGGUAAUUUCUAUUUGCCGGAACUUAUUUUUGCGGAUCGCUGGAAAAAUCGCAAGAAUCGCAAACUGAAAAUUAGAACCCGCAAAAAUUUCGUGCCACACGGUACUUUUGCUGUAUAUCUCAACUGUGUCAAGAGAUUCCAGCUCUUAUUUGUGUUUCCUCCAAUGUUAACAGCUUUAGGCCCGUUUUUUCUUUACAUAUAUACGAUGGUUGGUAAUUUUUUGUAGCUUUUGUGAAGCUCUCUGUGGAUGAAACAGGUGUGUUUUCCGGGUGACAUUAUUAAGCAAAUAGACUGUGUGCACAGAUAAGCCAAUUUUAUAUUAUGUGGAAAACGUGAGCCAUUUAGAGUACUGGCAGUCAAAAAUGAUGGAUUUUAGCUUCGAAGAAAAAUAAACAAAAUUUUUAUGAUGAGAACAUUUAACUCUGAGGGCAUAUCGUUUCCCUUCGCUUCAGUUCGUCCACACUAUAAGUUGACAUAGCGUGAAAACGAAAAAAGAAAUGAAAAAUACAUCAGCUACUACAGAUUCACACGUUGAGUCCCCUUUGCAAACAGAGGAAGCCCUUUCUCAGGCACAAGUCAUCGCUUGGAGUUGUACUCUUACUUGGGAAGCUGCUUUCAUUACUUUGGGAAACUUGCUCACAAUUGUUAUCUUUGCAUUUACCAAGAAGAUUCGCGUCAAGAAAAGUUUAUAUCUUGUUAUAAAUAUGGCGUUUGCUGAUCUAGCGUUGGGAAGUGUGUGUCUUCCUAUAUCUGUUUUUAUCAUUGUGACUCGACACCAGUUGACGAUAGAAAGAUCUGCGUUUUUUCUCAAAAUCAUUAUUGUAGUUUUUGCGCAAGUCUCAUAUAUUACCGCUGCUUUGAUAUCUGCUGAGAGAUUCUACGCCAUCUAUUGGCCGCUGAAGCACCGCACACUUUCUGCGCGAGCGUACAGGCUUGUUAUUUUGACGCCGUGGAUUUUGAGUAUCCUUGGUUCUAUUUUUACAGUUUUUCUCCUGCACUUCGUAAGCGUAGUGGAUUUAUUUUUUGGGCUAUGUUUAUACGGCUUGUCUUUUGUUCUAACUAUCUGUGGCCUGAACAUCGGUAUUUGGAGAAAAUUUCAACAAAAAACUGUUCCUCAUUUGCACAACAGAGCCUUACAAAACAAGCGCUUAACAAAGGCUUUGAUGUUUGUUUCUCUUAUGUCUUUGAUUUCUUGGCUGCCUCCAAUCGUUUGGAACUUUGCAGACUUUCUUAAAUACAAGAUGUCUGACAACAUCUUCCUUGUAACUUUUUUUAUGUAUUUUUCCAACUCCUUAAUCAAUCCUGUCGUAUACGCAUUACGAAUUCCCGAGUUUAAACAAGCCUUGAAUCAGUGUUGUUUCGCAAGGAAGAAAAUGAGGCGAAGCCAAGAAAAUUUAAAAGGAAACGAGAUGGCUGCCGAUUUGACGCUGGUGAUGCACCGAAGAACAUUGACUACAGAUCACAAUAAUUUACAGCUCACUUUUAAACAGGAAAUUGUAGAUAAUGACUUGUAAUCAACCUUGUAACUUUUCUGUCCGUAAAGGUUCGCCCUCCCUCGGUUUUCCAUGAGUUUUUAGGACAGACUAAGUUUAGAUCGAAAUAAAGAGCUCUGUCUUUGUUUGUCUGAAUCUUGAUUUAUAACUCAUCUUUGUAAAUCGGGGUAUUAGAAUUAUCAUCGAAGCUCUUAUAAACUACAGAGCUUGUUUUAUUGAAAGAGUGCUCAAUAAAAAGUAGCCAAUUCAGGUUACUGAAGCUUGAGAACCCCAUGGCGACAUUUUGCAUAGGAGCUGUCCCAAACGAUGCCCCGUGCAUUAAAAUAGGUUUGAUAACUUCGUUGUAAGUUUAUCUUUCUUGCCUUUGUAGCAAGGGAAUCACGUGCUUAAGGAGACCUAAUGUAGGUGUUUGAAUAUUUCUUUUAGCAAAGUUCGUCAAUAUGUGAGUCAUAAGCCAUAUUCCAGUCAAGAGUUACACCUAAAAGUUUUUGCGAAGGGUCUUAUUUACUGUAGGUACUGGGUCAGCGACUAAAUAUCCGAAAAGUGUGCAGUAGCUGUUAAUCUUGCAUCGUCUGCGAAAAUAUCAACAGUAGAUCUUGAUUGCCAAAGUGGAGAGCAGGAAGAGAACAGGUCCUAAAACAGAACCCUGUGGCACGCCUUGUUUUAUAGUUUGAGGGUCUUGUCUAAUUCUUCCUUGUAAUCUGCGUCAGUGAAAUACUGUAAUUGCCUUUGACGUAGAGGAGUAUGCCUCCAUAGCCUGUGUACAGUCACCUCCUCCCAUAGGGAAGAGGGACGUGUUCCUUAACAAUUUACGACAGUUUUUAAUGGUAUAGACGGGCCAACACCACUCUUGUACGCACGUACGCAAUUAUUCCCCGCCUCUUACUAGAAUGUCUCCCUUUGUUGGUACUCUUUUCUUUAUCACGGGUAUAUUAUACUUUGGAAGAUUCUUACUUUUUACUAGUAAGUAAAUGCUAGUUGUCUCCCCUCGCAAUACAUUGGUGAUCAUGAGGCCGGUCACUUUACUGUAUAUCGAUUUCCGCUUGGUUUCACUCUAAAUUAAGAGGCACCUUAGAUAUAUCUAAGCAACAAUCUUCAUUCUGCACUUGACUUUAAAUGAAAUAUACAAAGGUAAAAUAACCCUAUUUGUCUGUUAAAAGCAUUUGCAAAGCGCUCAAGUUUUUGUUUGUUUUCAGACGGCGGUACCUUUUUCCUUUCCUCUGGAAAAUUUUCCUACGCUGAACAAAUACUGGAAAAAAGAAAUCACUGACCUGUUAUCAUACAAAAGCAACAGCACUAUUGAUGCACGGAUACAGUCACUGAUACAGGACAGGUACUAAGUAUUGGGUAAUAAAACGGAUCAAUUUAGGUUUGUUGGAAACUGUCCUUCUACUCCUCCCCUAACUCAACGUUAGCAUUUGCGGCUUACUUGGGGCAAAAUGUUGGGUUAGGGGAGGGGUAGGUAAGCCGUUUCCCAGAAACCUAAAUCGUUCCAUCAGUGAGUACCGUGAACUGUUGAAUUGCCACUGACAUAAGGAAGUCAGUGUCUGUGCGAAGCGGCCAUGUUUGAGGAGUAAACAAUAAAAAAUAUUUGCUUAAAAAUGAAAAUUUUAUCCCAAAGGGAAAGCAUUUUAUUAUUUUACUCCUUCAACAUGGCCGCCGCGAACUUACCCUAUAACCACUUCUAAGACUGUUAUCACUAAGUUGGCAAGUACAGUGGAACCCCGUUAAUACGGUUACCAAUGGGCCAAAACAAACUGGCCGUAUUAACGGGUGACCAUAUUAAUGAGGGUUUUUUUUACAAGAAAAUGUAUGGCCGUUUUGCUGGGCGGAUAAAAAAAGUGGCCGUAUUACCGAGGUAGCCGUAAGGCGGGGUUUCACUGAAAGACCAAUGUUUCUUUUUUCUGGACUGAUAGGACUAUAACUAAUAAAAGACUGGGUCUCUAGCUUGACCUUAGGUGCAACGGUGCAAAAACUCUUUCCUUAAUAGUUAUAAGACAUGUCUUCUAUAAAAACGAGGUCAGAAAUACGUCAUCUUCAGUUGCCGAUGGAAAUCUUAGGCGGAUAUUAGCCCCUGAAAAAAGCAACGGGGGCGGGGGGUGGGGUGGGGGCUAUCCACUAGCGCCAAGAGCAAAACUUCGGCCCCAAAGAGUCAGGGAUAGAAACACUUCAGUAGGGACUGCAUUCUGCGAACAAGGGUAUCGAUUUUCAUUGCAUCGUUUUGGCUCUAGGAAGGAUCGGAGAUGAUUCUUAACAUGAGGUGUAACUGUGAUAAACCUUUUGCUUUUUUUGUAUAUUUAUAAUGCUGGAAUGUUAAAAUCCGCUUUUGUCUACUUUUAUCCUAUUAAAAGACUUGCGAGUCAAGAGAGUAGACAGGUGCGACUGGAAAAGCGCUGGUCACAGUAUCAAACUGAACUUCACAACAUUCAGAACACCAAGAUGAGAAGAAACCAUUCAACAUGGCUGACUGCUAAAACUGUGAGU